AUGGAAAAAUGCACCAAGUGUCCCAAUGACAAAUAUCCAAAUGAGGGCCGAGUCCAAUGUAUCCCCAAAGUUAUAUCCUUCCUGUCUUAUGAAGAAUAUCUGGGGAUCAUCCUGGUCUCUUUUGCCCUAUUCUUGUUCCUAACUACAGGAUUUGUGUUAAACAUGUUCCUUCAAUACCAAGAAACUCCCAUUGUGAAAGCCAACAACCAAGACCUCUCUUACAUACUCCUGUUCUCUCUCCUGCUUUGCUUCUUGUCUCCUUUUCUGUUCAUUGGUCAACCAAGGAAAGCCACCUGCCUUCUCCAACAAAUGGUUUUCAGCAUCACCUUCUCAGUUGCUAUUUCUUCCCUCCUGGCUAAAACAAUCACAGUGGUACUGGCUUUCCUGGCCACCAAACCAGGAAACCGGGUAAAGAGGUGGUUGGGGAAGAGCUUGGCCAACUCCAUUAUCCUUUCUUGUACUGUUGUACAAGUUAUCAUCUGUUCCAUCUGGCUGGGAGUUUCUCCACCGUUCCCUGACUCUGACCUCCACUCCCAGCCUGGCGUUAUCAACUUGCAAUGCAAUGAAGGCUCUGUUGUCUUGUUCUAUAUCACCCUCAGCUACCUGGGUUUCCUGGCUGCAAUCUGUUUCACAGUGGCUUUCCUGGCCAGAAAUCUCCCUGGGGCCUUCAAUGAAGCCAAACUGAUCACUUUCAGCAUGUUGGUUUUUUUCAGUGUUUGGGUGAGUUUUGUGCCCACCUACCAGAGCACCAAAGGAAAAUACAUGGUGGCUGUGCAAGUCUUCUCCAUCCUGGCCUCCAAUGCUGGUCUGCUGGGCUGCAUAUUCAUCCCAAAGUGCUACAUUAUCAUUCUGAGGCCAGACCUGAAUACAAGGGAGCAACUUACAAUAAGAAGAAAUGAAGAAAUGUGA